AUGUUAAAAUUAUUUUUAUAGUUAACAUAAACACAAAAUUCCAGAUUAAGUUGAAUAUUUUGACGAAUUUUAUUAAAGAUGGCUUGCAAUGUUGUCUGUCCAAAUGAUAGCUCAGAUGCCAAUAGUUCUUUGGAAUUUUUUAUAUUAGUUGGUCAGUUAAAGACUAAUAAACGCACUGGUUGGAUUAAAAACAAUGUACCUAACCCUGAGAGCAUAUCUGAUCAUAUGUACCGUAUGGCUAUAAUGGCUAUGUUACUCAAUGAUAAUAAUAUAAGCAUAUUGCGGUGUAUAAAGAUGGCACUUGUACAUGAUUUGGCUGAAUGUAUUGUUGGAGAUAUAACUCCUUUUUGUGGUAUAUCACCUGAGGAAAAGUAUAUAAAGGAAAAAGAAGCAAUGGCACAAUUGUGUUCCUUGGUUACUAACAAAAAGGUUGGAGACGACAUUAUGGAAUUAUGGCAGGAAUACUCUGCGCAAGUAACGGGUGAAGCAAAAGCUGUGAAAGACUUAGAUCGUUUCGAGAUGAUACUGCAAGCAUUUGAAUAUGAAAGAGCUUUAAAUCGAAAUGGCGAACUGGAAAGUUUUUUUGCUGGAACAAAUGGGAAAUUUCAAAAUGAUGUUGUAAAAUCUUGGGUGGAACAAUUAAAUCGACUCCGUUUGGUUAAUAAAUAAAGAGGAAUACUUGCAACAUGUUUUCAGUUUUAGUAACUAUAGUGGAGUAGUUGCUUCGCCUUUAUCUUUUUAAUAAAAGAGUUAGUCUUGAAAACUAAUUUAGUAUACUUUACGAUGUUCAUUCAAAACGUAGUAUUUCAGUACAAAAAAUAUUUUUAUAUCUUU